AUGAACUGGUCAAUGAGUCCCUUCAAUCAGCCGCCCAUGAUGAAUGGUAUCAGCACUCUACUUGAAAAACUCUCUCGCCCUCUAGAACUUGCUAGAAUUACAGACAUAUCAGAUCGCUGGCUCUCAGCAAUAAUUGCCAUGUCGGCACAUGGAGCUCACAGUGACAAUGACCAUCUUAGUUCAGACCAAGGCUUCCACCCUUUAACGAAAAAGCACUAUCUUGGCAACACUUUCGAAGGCAUGUCAAUGCGAAAACUAAUAUAUGACCUGUGCGCUGUUCUUGACCACCUGUCUGGUGGUGUUACACUCUGCAUACACCACCCGGGUGCAACCGCACCAUUAACAGACCUGCAACCUCAAGAUCUUUCUGCAUCACUUUAUCUCAAUCCAAAGCUCCUUGCUGAGCCCUUACGGUGCAAUCAACCCAUUGCAGAGAUCACACAGAUGUUUAUCGAGAGGUGCGCUCUACCAGUCACACAGUCAUUCCGGGAAGCCUGUCUUGUGCACGGAUGGAGGCAGGAGCCCAGGUGCAGCUCACCAGAUGUAGACUAUAAUGCCCUCCCUCUCAUUCCAUUACCUUCCAGCGGCUCUCACUCAUCUGAUUUCAACAUCCUUGGAUGGCCUGAUGACCGGCUCCAGCACCUCACACUUGGAGACAAUUCGCCACCCUAUUUGCUUUCUCCAUUGGCUAUGCGAGUCAACCCUGAUUCCCCUUUCGAACAUUACGCUAAACCAAUUGUUACUCCACCUCAUUCAACUACGCCUAUUGUUACUUCAGCUCGUUCAACAUCCAAAAUACCAUCAAAGCUGCCAUCAACUCCCUCGUCAACAAGACACUCAGUGCCACUUGUAUCCUUGCCGCACUCAGCACCACUUACCUUUUCACCACGCUCAGCACCACUUACCUCCUCGCCACACUCAGCACUUGCCUCUUCAUCACAUUCACUGGCAGGGUCUAUACCGGCACCAUCUAGUAGCAUGUCUCCUCCUGCAUCAUUUUCACCAUCAUAUUCAAUUCCAGGGAAACCUCUUCUGCCAUUCGGUCCAACAACUCACACCACACUAGAGAAUUUAGGUUAUAACGACACCCUUCACAAUGUCUGCCGUGAGGUGUUCAAUUCAUGUGUUCCUGAUAGGUGGGCUUCUGAACUAGCCAAGAGGGGUAGUAUUAGCUCUGAGUCCGAUGUCCAUCAAAUCUCGGUUGCAAUGUGGGAGGACUGGAAGGCAUUAGGUGACACUAACGGAAAGUAA